GUAAGAAAAUAAGCAAAAGUCGACCUAUGCUCGUCCCUCAGAGACUACAGUGAGGAAGGAGCAAAACGAAGUGCCUUUUGGUGAUUUCAUCGAAUCGAAUCGAAUCGAAGAUGUUUCUCACAAGGACUGAGUAUGACCGAGGAGUCAACACCUUUUCUCCUGAAGGCCGUUUGUUUCAGGUUGAAUAUGCAAUCGAGGCCAUCAAGCUGGGAUCAACUGCUAUUGGGUUGAAGACGAAAGAGGGUGUGGUCCUUGCAGUUGAAAAGCGUAUAACUUCGCCGCUGCUGGAGCCUAGCAGUGUGGAGAAAAUUAUGGAAAUCGAUGAUCAUAUAGGUUGUGCAAUGAGUGGAUUGAUUGCUGAUGCUCGAACACUUGUUGAGCAUGCACGAGUGGAAACUCAGAAUCAUAGGUUCUCCUAUGGUGAACCGAUGACUGUAGAGUCAACAACUCAAGCUCUUUGUGAUCUAGCCUUGCGUUUUGGUGAAGGAGAUGAAGAAUCCAUGUCUCGACCAUUUGGAGUGUCUCUUCUCAUUGCUGGCCAUGAUGAGAAUGGACCUAGUUUAUAUUACACCGAUCCAUCUGGCACAUUUUGGCAAUGCAAUGCAAAAGCUAUUGGUUCAGGGUCGGAAGGUGCAGACAGUUCCCUGCAAGAACAAUACAACAAGGACCUAACUCUUCAAGAAGCCGAGACUAUUGCUUUAUCCAUUCUGAAGCAAGUUAUGGAAGAGAAGGUCACCCCCAAUAACGUUGACAUUGCCAAGGUGGCUCCAACAUAUCAUCUUUAUACACCCUCAGAGGUGGAAGCUGUGAUAAGUCGCCUAUGAUUUCCUUUUGCGUAAUUUGCUCUCUUCAACAUUUGUUUUCUAUCAUUGCUGCCUGUACGUCUAUUAAUUAGUUUUGCGCGGAAACUUUUUUUGGUGGAUGAUGCUACAUGUAGUGCUACACUUAAUUGUACCUGAUGCUUGAUUCUCGUGUCAAAUUUGCUGCAUUCAGUUUAGUUGAAUUUGAGGACCGAAAGGUUUCGGUGUUUGGGAAAAACAAUACAUUGAUGCUCUUAUUUCGCCUAUGAUUUCCUUUUGCGUAAUUUGCUCUCUUCAACAUUUGUUUCCUAUCAUUGCUGCCUGUACGUCUAUUAAUUAGUUUUGCGCGGAAACUUUUUUUGGUGGAUGAUG